UCUAAGCGCAUAUGGCACGAAAAGGAAAUCCGAUUUCACAUUUCAUAUUCACUCUUUUUUAUUCUAUAAUAAAGUUUAUAGUGAAAUAAAAAUAUCUGAUUCAGAUAGAAUCAGACAAGCCGCCUCUAGCAUUUCCAUUUCGCGAUUCAGAUUCUGAGCGCGAAUCUGUACAUUCCUCAGAAUCUGAAGAGGAGAUCUCUCUCGAUCUCGAAUUGAGACUCGCCCCCCCUGGGGGAGGCUCGGGGGAACCUGUCCCCCGAUCUCUUGCGGAAAACGAGGCGGCUCAUCCCGCUCAACCGCUUACCGCUCGAGAGCGGGAGAGUGCUUCUUGCUCUAAUUCUCAGGCGGCGGGCCCGUCUGCUGCGGUAUUACACCAACUACCACUUCUGGUUCCGGACCCGGACCCAGUCUCGCAAACCGGAUUUGGCUCUACAAAGAGCAUGCGUCAAAAGAUGCAAACGAAAUUCUUCAAGGAGAAAACCAUUUCUCUAUAAAAAGAAUUUAUCAAAUUUAAGAACUCAUCCAAUCUGACGCAAGGCUCGGAGAGCCUUUUAAUUCCAAUCAAAAAUUAGCGAAUUUCUAUUUUUCGUUAGUUAAGAGAGACAGAGAUGAAUACUCUAUCUCAUCUCUAACUCAUUUCUUAUCUGACCUUGAAAAAAAAAAAUAAAAAAGAUAGCAAGUUCUAUGCACAAGUUUUAUCAGUUCUUUCUAAUUCACAAGAAUAGAAGCCUUUCUUUUCUUGAGUUGCAGAAAUAUGCAACAGGAUAAAGGAAACCGAUUGAGAAACUUGCAUGGGGCUGGCUAUUCACUCACUUUUUUCUGCUAAUGUGCAGCGGCGAGGAGCCAACUGGUUGUUGGACCAACCUAUGGUGUGUUCCGGCGAAGCGCCGGGUUGUUGGUAAGGAGCGUGAGCGGGCGGGGGGCUCACACAAGUAAGUGAAGGACCCCCGUAGGGCCUUUCUGAAGUGUGGCCCACACACGGCCAGGGGGGAAAGAAAAGGGAGGGGGGAUACAGGUCUUCCAGAUCCUUGGGCGAGUGGUCUCAGUUUUUUCUGAGAUCGACUUUUUUUUCUUCCAAAACCUUUCUUUUUUCGGUAUGCCGCUCCGCGAGCAAGGAGCGCCGCGAGCAGAGCGAGAGAACGAAGUGGGCUGUGGUGAUGUCAGAAUUUGCACCUAUUUGUAUCUAUUUAGUGAUCAGUCCGCUAGUUUCUUUGAUCCCACUCGGUGUUCCUUUUCCAUUUGCUUCCAAUAGUUCUACCUAUCCAGAAAAAUUGUCGGCCCACGAAUGUGGUUCCGAUCCUUCCGGUGAUGCCAGAAGUCGUUUCGAUAUACGAUUUUAUCUGGUUUCUAUUUUAUUUAUUAUCCCUGAUCCGGAAGUAACCUUUUCCUUUCCUUGGGCAGUACCUCCCAACAAGAUUGAUCCGUUUGGAUCUUGGUCCAUGAUGGCCUUUUUAUUGAUUUUGACGAUUGGAUCUCUCUAUGAAUGGAAAAGGGGUGCUUCGGAUCGGGAGUAACCACUAGUGAUAGGGCAAAAA